AUGGUGGCUUCCCAAGAAAUUCCACUGAAGGCGCAAAUGUUAAGUGGUGAAUCGCUCGUUGACUACCUCAGGAAGAAUCAGACCCUUUUCGAGGUCAAAUCAGAUAGAACACCCGGUCUGGAAUUCCAAAUAAUGAAUGAAAAAUUCAAAAACCAAGGUAUAAACCCAGUUGUCAAGGACGACUAUAACGACACUGGAGAUGACAUCCCGGAAAGUGAACGGAGGGACCAGAUCGUUUGGACUGAAUUCCCAGCUGUCACAAAGGACGCAUCUGUAAUAUAA